AUGAGCUCUCCGAGCGCUCUAUUCACUGGGUUAUUAGGCCUGAAUUGGGUGCUGUAUGGAUGGGAUACUUUAUUGAACUGGCGUCAGUACCAGGUCCAUCUGAGGAACGAAAAACGUCCGGUUGCUGUCAAGGACAUCAUAACCGAAGAUGCAUACGACAAGGCUAGAGCUUAUAAGCUAGAAAAGCAUCGGUUUAACUUUGUGAUGGGAUUCUUCUCUCGUGUCGAGUCGACGCUUGUCCUGGUCUAUGGACUUCUACCUUUCCUCUGGAACUUCAGUGCCCGAUUCCCAAUGUCAUCAAUUAUUAUCACCUUGCCAUUCGACUUAUACGACACUUUCGUCAUUGAACAAAAGCACGGGUUCAAUAAGCAAACGCUUGGUUUCUAUUUCACUGACCAACUGAAGAAGCUUGCUUUGUCAUACGCACUCGCUACGCCACUUAUUUUGGCGGUAGAAUGGAUUGUGGCCAACGGAGGACCGUACUUUUUCGUCUACGUUUGGCUAUUCAUGUCCAUCGUCAUGUUCGCCCUGAUGACAAUAUACCCAGAGUUUAUCGCACCGCUCUUUGAUAAGUACAUACCGCUACCUGAUGGCAACUUGAAGGUAGCUAUCGAGAAGCUGGCCGCGUCGCUCAAAUAUCCGCUCACUAAGCUCUACGUCGUUCAUGGCUCGAAACGCUCUUCGCAUAGCAACGCCUACAUGUACGGCUUCUGGAAAAAUAAGCGCAUUGUCCUCUACGACACAUUGCUGAGCGGAGAGGAGCUGGAGAAGGUGGUGAAGGAGUGUGGCGUAGAUGAGGAGGAGCGUCAGAAGAUCUUGGCUGAGGAUCGUGGAAUGCAGCCAGCAGAGGUGGUGGCUGUGCUUGGACAUGAACUUGGCCAUUGGCAUCAUGGACACACGCUCACCAAUUUGAUCAUCGUUGAACUCAAUCUCCUCAUCAUGCUGGCCGUAUUCGCCUACUUCUACAAAUGGGAACUCCUCUAUCGCGCCUUUGGCUUCAACACCGAGCCGAUUCUCAUCGGUUUGAUGCUCGUCACGCAAUACGUCCUUAGCAUGUACAAUCAGGUGCUCGAAGUGGCCAUGAAUGUGCUGACACGCCGUUUCGAAUUCCAAGCUGACCUCUUUGCUGUUGAGUUGGGCUAUGGCAAGGAACUGAUCAACGCUCUAACCAAGCUGGGCAAGGACAAUCUCUCACUGCCAGUGGAUGACCAUCUCUAUUCGAUGUGCAACCACUCUCAUCCGCCGAUUCCCGAACGCAGCGCCGCCAUCCAAGCCGCCAUGAAGGCCAAAAAAGAA